CUUGUUAUAUUUCCCAACUAUAAAGCUGGCAAUGUUUCUUUAAGUUUUUUCCCAUUUAGGUCUCGUGUUUCUGAAAAAUAGUAUUUUUAAACAAGGUGAAACUAAGCAUGAGUUUAGACUGCAAUAUGAAAGUGUAGCUUUGUCUGUUGUUGUUCAGCAUUUACUCAUUAUACGCAAGCCUAUUCUGAAAUUUUGAGCAACUGAUCAAAACAUAUUAAUGAUUUUUCAUUAUCGUUUAGUGAAAAUAUAACAAGCAAUUCAGUAAUGAGUGGCAGUGCACGUGACCAACAAGUUGAGUGCUUAAAAUUUGAAUACACAGGGGAUAAAAAUUUUUACCCAGGUAAAAUUCUUAACUGUUUCUUUUGUACUAUAUUUCAGUGUGUUAAUUGAUGCUUUGCUUGUGGAUUUCAUAUGGACAAAAUCACUAGUGAAGGCAUAGGUCACAGUGUUAUUAACCUCGUUAAUUUCUUUGUGUUUAACAACAACACUGAACUAAUUAAAUAUUUAAUUUUUUUAGGGCAACCUUUUCAACACAGAAUUGAAAUACCUGUUGGUUGUGACACGAUAAGGUACGCAGAUUAUCUGAAGGCACUGCAAUUUAUCAACACUAGAAAAAACGAGAUUCCAAGAGACUUAUUGUCACAUCUUGGUCACGAAAACCCUGUUUCAUUAUAUGUUGCAAAUGGACGAAAGGUAUACAAAGUGCGAUGCCCUUUCCUUGUCUGCAACUACAUGGGUGACAGAAUUGACAGACAUUUGGAAGCUGUCCACCGUGUGAAACGGAGACCUGGUUUCUUUUUCAAAUCACGACAAGUCCGAAUGUAUACCCACCUGACUACAAUAUAUCGAACCACGUCAAAGCCGCUACCAUGCAAGUUAUGUGCAAAGUAUUACGACAGGGUUGAUACACACUUCCGUCGAGUGCAUGGUGUUACUGAUGCGCAAAUAAAAGAAGGUUUGAGAGUUGCGCAAAAGAUUUCAAGAAACUUUAACAAAUAUUGUAAAAAAAGUUUAAAACAAUCAAAAUAAAAAAUAUGAACAAGUAA